AUGUCAGAGUCGCCAACAUUAAAUUUCCUGAUCGGAUUUUUGGUUUCUGUUGCAGCUUCAAUUAUGAAUGCUGCUGGUCUAAAUUUACUCAAAUUAGAUCACGUAAAAAAUUCAAACCGGCCACCAUCUUCACAAAGGAAUGAGUGUGGAAGACCAUUAUGGCAUAUUGGUUUAUAUUUGUAUAUCGCCAGUCAAAUGAUUGGGAGUACCAUUGCACUAAAUUUCCUUAAAGCUCAAUGGGUUGCUCCUCUUGGCUCGGUUUCACUCAUUUUUAACUUUAUAUUUGCUAGAAUGUUAGUGGGAACCGAAAUUACAAAGAAGGAUAUUGUUGGAACAUUUGUUGUCAUUUUUAGUGUGAUUUGGAUCAAUCUCACUUUGGAAAAAUUAAAAUCACUCAUGAUGCGCCCACUUUUCAUUGUAUACUUUUCCUUCCUCAAUAUAAUCACCUUUACUUUAUUUGGAAUCGCUCUUUAUUGUUAUUGGAUUCAAAAAAAUAAUGAUAGGAAACGACGAGAUAAUUUUUUUAAGGGAAUUGAGAUCUCCCGAUUAAAAAAAGCAAUUGGUAUGACUAUGGCUGGCGUAGGUGGAUUAGUUUCAAGCCAGACUCUACUUUUAGCAAAGAGUGGCGUCAAAUUGUUUACUAUUUCUAUUGCAGGUGAUAAUCAAUUCACUGAUAAUUUAAGUUGGUUCAUUUUGAUCGGACUUGCUUUUACGGCUGUAUUACAAGUAUAUUGUUUAAAUACAGCAUUGAAACUUCAUGAUUCUGUUUUGGUUGUACCUAUGUUUUAUGGCUUCUAUACAGCAAUGGGACUUGUAAACACAAUGAUAUAUUUAAAUGAAAUAUCAACGUAUCCUCCUUGGGCACUUCUAUUGGUUACAUUGGGAAUAGGUAGUUUAGUUUAUGGAGUUUUAUUACUUAGUGCGUCAAAAGAAGAACCU